AUGGCGUCUGGCUGGUUCAGCUCGUCGUCAAGCGACCCAACGCGUCCUCCUGACGUUCGCUUCCAGGUCGCUGAAGAGAAACCUCACGGUUUAUACCUGCAGCCCAGCUCUGGUGGUUCGAGAUCCGCCACGAACCGCUCAGCUGGGCCGACAUCUUCGGCUUACGUGGAUACAACUCACUCCAAGACGCAUGUUCACAAUGCUUCACUCUUCGACGUAGGCAUCUUGAAGGACACGCUUGUCCCUUCGCUCACCCUACACUCUGGUCUGGCUCUCAUCGCAUAUGGGGCUGCACGAUACACAAACCGCGUUGAAGCCAAGGACUGGCUUUGGCCGAGCGGUCAGGUUGUGAACGCUUGGUGGUCAGCUGUUGGACGCCGUCUCGCUCAAGGCUACACAGUUUCCCAGGCAUUCAGUCGUCUAUCAUGGCACGAGCGUGUUAUUCUUACCGGUGUCACACUAUGGGGAGGACGUCUCUUCUACCGUAUCGUUCGCCGCUCCCUCCAGCGAGGUGAGGAUGAUCCGCGAUAUGCCGAGGUCAAGAAGGAGGAAGGCUUCUGGAACAGUGCUCUGUUCAAGGUUUUCGUUCCUGAGGCUUUCUUCCAGAUGCUCAUUAGCCUUCCAUUUACCGCGCCGUUCCGGCAUGAAGGUGCUGUUAUGACAGGUUACCAUCCCUUCGUUCAGGUGUUUGCCGUCGGAUUGUUUUCAUCUGGUCUGGCUUUGGAGACACUCGCCGACUACCAGCUGGACCAGUUCAAGGCAGAGGGCAACAAGGGCAUUAUGCGCGAGGGAGUAUGGAGCAUUGUCCGCAACCCCAACUACCUCGGCGACGCCCUCGUACACAUAUCAUUCAUCGUCAUGCUCUACGGUUCCGACAUGCUCGCUCCUGUCGAGCUCUUAGGUCCCGCCGCAAACUAUGCCUUCCUUCGCUUCUUUGGCGGCGAUGCCGAGAAAGAGAAACAUCAAGAGCGUCGAUACUCUGCUUCUCAACCCGACAAGUUCCGCGAGCUGGAGAAGUUCAGGGCUGACAAGAAUGCUUUUUGGCCAAGCGUUGAUGAGCUAAGUAACAAGUGGCUAUGGACUGUGCUGGGAGUCGGAGGAUUGGGUAUUGCAGUUGAGCAAACGCUUAGGGCAUUGCACUAG